AUGGCGCUAACGCAGCAGCUCGAUGCGGAGCCGUGGAGUCAUCCAGACGCGAAGCCUGACGACUGCACGUCUCACACGGACUCCUCGUCAGACACGGGACACUCCGAGGCGGGUGGCGACGCGUCCUCACCCGCAACCUCGAGUCCCGCGUCGUCUUCGCGAGACGAGUCGCCGCUAGUGUCUUCCAAGUCCUCCUUCCUCGCCGCCUCCUCGGGGGCGUCUUCCGCGUCGCCCCUGCGUUCGCAGCUCUCCUAUCUUCGCAUGAGCAUCAGCGACGCUGUGCGCGCCUACGUUCUGCUGCGCCCGCCGCGGGGGUCAGACGCCUCUUCGUGCGGCGCCGCCCCGCGUAACCUUCCGAAGCCGUCGCAGCCGCUCACGCCCGCGGAAGAGACGCGACUGCAGGAAGGAGCGCUGGCGUCUCUCUCUCUGAAGCUCUGCAGCGGAUCCCUGCACAUCGCGCAGCUGCUCAGACUUCUGCGGCCCUUCGCAGUCGAUGCCAAGAGCACGGCGGAACAGACUCGCGGUUCGCGAGGGCGAUCCCAGCCGGCUGCAGACGCGGGCGCAGAACAGGACGAGGCGGAGGAGCGAGUUGCGGGAGACGAAGGUGGAGCCCGCGGCGACGCGACUGAUGCAGUCGGCAGGGCGAAGGGCGCCGCUGUGGCGGCAGCGACGGGCGAUGCUCCCGCUCGUCCAAAUUUGUCUUCCGCGGAGGACAGGGCGCUGGAGGAUGAUUCGGUUAUCUGGGACUCCGCGGAAGACGAAGAGGAUUCCUCCAGCGCCCCGAACGCCUUUGCGCGAAACGCCCAGCGACGCCGGCGCGCCGCGCUGCUCCUCGGCGAGGUGCUGCAGCGCGUGCCUUCGCUUUCGCUCUCCGCCGCACCGCCUUCCGCUGGCGACCCGCCCGCGGGAGAGGGCGAAACGCGCGUGGAUCCAGUUGGGGUCUCACCCGCGUCAGGCGAGGCCUCUGUCUGCAACAGCGGAGCGGCCGAUGAGCGCUCAACGCUGUCUCAAAUUGUCGGUUUCUGUCUGGAAAACCUCAACGACUGGUACGUCGUCGAGGGCGCCUGUGCGGCUUUGCUGGCGCUGCUGACGCACCAUCGCGAUGCGCUGAGAGCUGAGCGUGUCCGCUUCGUGCGAGAGGCGAAGAAAAGGUCUGCCGUUGAGUCCCCCAAGGCGCCAGAGGAGGCCCCGGGGGGCGCCUCUGGCGAGCUACCAGGCAGCGGAGACGAAGCGCCCGCACAGGUGGGGCGAGAAGGCGAGGCAGCGACCGCGCAGGGCGAUGGCGGCCGCGAGGCGAGGAGUGCGGAACGAGCCAGGGCGGGCGGCGAAAAAAGCUUAGAAGGAGGGAAGAGCGAAGAAGAGAGUUUGGUGGAGGCGGUCCUGCGUCGCCUCUUGUGCGAUGUGCACGCGCCUGCAUUUGCGCAGAACGUCCGCCAGCUGAUUCUGCGGCUGCUCCUAGCUCUGCUUAGAGAGUGCGAGCCUGAAGUGGCGGCCCUGGCCAGACGCAGAAAAGAGGCAGGCGGCGUCCAGGUCGUCACAGCGGUCUGUACACAGCUCGAGGGAGAGAGAGAUCCGCGGUGUCUCUUGUUGCUCUUUGAGAUCGUCGCGGUGCUUGGCGCCUCGUACGCCUCCAUCAUGCGAAGAGACGAAGUCGAGAACGUUGUUGACGUGGUGAUGACCUACUUCCCAAUUGCCUUCAGUCCGCCUCCCAACGCACCUAUUCCUAUCACUGAGGAGACGCUGGUGGAGAGGUUCCACCGCGCCCUCACGUCGACGCCGCUCUUCUCCUCGUUCGUUCUUUUGUAUCUCCUCGACGCCUUGGCCUCCGCGGGCGACGAGGACUUUCAGCAGACGCUGGAGGAGAUCAAGAAAACUGCCGCCGCCGUUCUGCCCCACUUCCCUCCCUCGGCCGUCCUCGCGGUGCUGCAGCCGGUGCAGGGCCUGAUGCUCCAGUCCUGCUACGAGGCCCCCAGCGUGCAUACGGCGCAGCUCGUCGCCGUGUGGGUUCUCUUUCUGCGGCGGGCUGUGCAGGCGGAAGAUGGCCUCGACGCCGACGGCGAGGCGCGUUGGCUGGCGGGGGACGAACGGCGCGAGAACGCGAACUGCGCACUGAACAGGGAGAGCCAGCGCGGACAGCGGCAACGCGUCUCUGCAGACGACGCGCAGCCCGCCGCCGACUCUGAAAACGGCGGCGCCCAGCCACGUGGCGCGGCAGCUACCGCCGACGCCGAUGCCUUGUGGCUCGAUUGCUUUUCGCCGCCUCUCGCUGCGCCUUCCGCUUCCGCCGCCCUGCUGGCGGCUGUCCCACCCGCCUUGCCGCCAUGGCUGCUGCACCAAGUUCGUCCGCUCCUCGCGGAGCUGUUUGCGCCUCUGUUGGAUUUCGAUCAGGCGCCUGGGAGUCCUGCCUGCGUGGCGGCCCGCCAGUUCCUUCUCCGCUCUGCGGUCAUCUCGGAGACGCUGUGUCGCCUCUGCCUCGAGAUCUGCGUUCUCCCGCUCCUCCGCCUCACGCUCGCGUCCUGCCCGACGCCGCGGCAGCGCAGUCCAGGCGGGGGAAGCCACUCGCUGCUUCCAGCCGAGUCUGAGUCUGUAGAGCGCCCAGACGACGCGCCUUCUGCGGGCGCGGGAGACGCGCAGGAGGACGCGCUUCUGGACGAGGCGUGGGACGCGGCUCUCGUGCGCGCCGUCGCGACCGUCCACACCGUCGAGCGCUUCAUCACUCUGGGCAUCGCUGCGGGUUUGCUCCCAAAGAAAGACGCGUGCCCCGCGUCUGAGGCCGGCCUGCUUCUCCUCCGGCUCGGCUCACUCUUCAGAGCCACGCGCUCGCGCCUUCUCUCGAGCGGCCGGUCCGAGGUCUUUGUCUGCUUUUUCCAGGCGAUUGGCGAGGUGGCGGCGCUGCCUCAGCAGUUCCCCGAGCUGCGAGACGACGCUGUGCGCAUGUUCGCGUCCCUGCUCGGGUUUUCGGCUCCCUCGAGUCCCCCACCGUUCUCGCGCGCGUUGGCGGGCAACGCCACUGCAUGCGCGCGGCGUUCGAACCCGACAGCGCCCUCGGACGCUUUGAAGCCCAACGGUCUGCCCAUGGAGCUUGGCGGCGAAGAGGCGCCCGACACGCGAGACGCGCCGCCCGACACGCGCGACGCGCCCGCUGAGGCUGAGCUCUUCCACGCGCGCUGGGUGACCCUCCUCGAGAUGACGCUGCGCCUCCAGGGCCUGUCGGCCGUCCUGACGAGCCCGUCGAGUCUCCUGUUGGGGGCGCUCCGCGCUCUUCAGCAGGUGCUGUUGGCCUGCGGGGACGCCGAGGCCUCCUCGUCUCUUCUUUCGAACUUGCUGCAGGGCGGCGCCGUGUGCGUGAGGCGAAAGCGAAACGUGGCGGGGAAUGGCGAGGCGGAGAAAAAUGGCGCACGCUCUCCGGCCGACGACAGCCUCGAGGAGGACUCUGUGGAGGAUGCCGCGGCCGCCGAGCGGGAGCGACAAGAGAUACUGCUUGACUUUGUCGAGGAGCUUUCUCCUCUCGCCGGGACUCUCGCUGUACGUGCUCAGAGUCCAAUAGGCGCCGCGGGGUGCUCGGGAGACGGCGACGCGGGUAUGGCGCCUCUGGCAUCAGCUGUCACUCUGAUUCUUUCAGAGGCGGGAUCUCAGCUUCUGUGUGGCUCUUGGUGCCUCGCCGAAACGCACCAGCACCGCGCCGGUGCUGCCGGCAGCAGAGCCCGGGGGUGCGGAGUGCCGGGGAGCCUUGACCGCGGAAACGAGGCGGCAGAAACCGAAUGCCUCUCGCGCACGCCGCUCAGUCUUCUCCCGGCGGGUGCACGUCUGGAGGUCGCCCUCGCUAUCGCGGCCGUCCUCCUCGGCCGCUCCAACGUCGCGCCUUCCUUCUCGACGUCCUGCCUCAGUCGCUCUCCUCUCUGGUCUGCCGCGAUCCCCCGCUGUGGCGCGUGUGGCGCUUCCUCUCCCCCUUCGGCCUCGUUGCCGGAGCGCAGCCAGCCAGCCGCUCCCGUCGAUGAGGCACUUGCAUGCGUGAGCCCCCAGAAGGAUGCAGGUCAGACUGAACCGACGCAGGCCAACACCUUGGAUGAACUUCAGGCGUCAAUGUUCACUCUUCUCAUCGCCAGCGCGGCGCAGGCUGCGAGCUCCUCCGCGGGUCUCAUGCAUGCAGCUAUGCGCAGUCGAAGGGGCGACGAGACAGAUCGUCCCACAGGCGCGAACCGGUCUAAUGAGGAAGCCAAUCGAGUUGUCGCGACGUCGGUUCUACAAGUCGUCACGCAGGGUAUUAUCGACUGGCUCCAGAUCAGGUCCAUGGCGACGAGUGCGGGCGUGGUCGCGGAGACACCUGGAGACACUUUGGGUUCCAGUCUCCGCAGUAGCGGAUGCCCGUUCGACGCCCUACUCCGGGGGCUCGAACAAGCCACGUAUGUUGCUUUGAGCGAGCCUGUCUCGCCACUGUCAUCUUCGAGUUCUGUCGUGUCUCUUCUUCCGCGUCUCCGCUAUCUGCUGAGCCUUCUUCUUCACUCUGCUCCCCGCGUGGAGGCGAAGCAAUGCGCCGUCGCGCUCCUUUCGCGCGCCGCAAGGCAGGAAGAAAGCAGCCUUGAGGAACCCGAACGAGCCGCUCAGCAGGGCAGCGCGCACUUCGGCCGCGAGGGAGAGAGUGGGGUUGCCCUCCUUCUGCUGACUCCCGCUGCGCUUGCCUUUCUGGCCGCCGUUCCGGAGGACCGGCGCAGCAAUUGCAGCGGAGACGACGGCGCAGCUAGCGGCUCCUUCUCGAGCCUCUUGGAGCGUCUUCUUCAUCGGUGUUUGUCUCUAAUGACCGAGCCCAGGAGGCUUUGGUCUGCAGACAUCGGCGUCGCCGCGCCACCUGCUGGGUCGGCCUCGGCUUCGCUGACCGCGUCCCCUUCGCGUGCGCAGGGCGAGGAGGCGUGGCUCCCAUCAGAGAAGGUUUUGCUGGACGUCGUCGUCGCGAUACUCUACUUCGCGCCUGCGGAGCAGACGCUGCAACGCCUCAUCGGCACGCUCAAGCAAUUCAAAGGACGAGAAGAUACGGGAACUGUGCCGCAAGGAGACGACGUAGAAAACGCGGAGGCGGAUGCUUCAUCUGUCUCCCCGUGGGAGAGAGACUACCAAUCAACCAUGUGGCAGAACGCGAUUGUGAAGGGGCUCUGCCUCCGCCAGGAGGUGGCGCGACGCGCCAGCGAGCACGCGCUUGCCUCAGAGCAGCUUCAUGAGCUGCUUCGUCCUGUGUUCGCACCCGCCGUCGCGCUUCGCGAUUCGCGGUCCGAAGCCCGCCACAGCCUCGACAAGAGGGCUUGUGUGCGCCCUGGGCACGACGCGAAGCAGCCUGCCCCCGCGCGCCUUGCUGCCACAGCAGCGAAGGCGUCUGUCUCCGUCUCUUCGGUGCGUUCGGCUCACGCCGAAUCUUCGCUGUUUGUGAGUCUGUCGUCGUCGCUUGCGGUGGCGAGGCUGCUGGGCGACACCGUGUUGGACGGGACUGCGGACCUGCUGGCGAACGACGGCGAAGAGGCCAAGCGGGGAGCGGAGACAGCCGUGACGCGCAUUUCCAGCGCGCCGCGAAGAGAUUCCGCCGAAGAGGCGACUGAAACAGGCGACAGAGACAGCAGGAACCGAAGCCGAGAAGAGCGCGUGAUCCUUCCAGGCCUCCUUUCGCUGCUGCCAUGCGCCGCGCCGGCGUCCGAUUCUGACACCGAGCGAGACAAAGGCGGCCGAGGCGACGGCGAGUGUCUGCGCUUUCGCCUUUCGGGUGAGCCGCUCCAGUGCGUCGCGCGCCACGUCCUCUACGACGCUCGGGCAGCUGUCGGCGCAAUGCGCCGCCACCUGGUCGCGCAGGGAGCUGCGGACAUGCGGUUGACGACUUCUGCGUGCGCGACGCCGCUGGGCGGCCUUGCGCCUCCGGACGCUGCCGAGGAGGCGCGCGGUGCCUCGCUCGGGGCUGAGGCGGCGCUUCGUCUGCGCCUCGCCGCGCUGCCAGCCGCCGCGUGUCUAGCCCGUGCGGCCGCGUCUCUGCCAGUAGAGGAGGUCCUGCUCUAUGGGCUCGACGGCGCCUACGACGAUGGGGAGCUCAGGCCUCCUGAGAGGCAGGCCGGAGCCGCGCCUGCCGACGCGUUUUUCGCCCUCGGUCCUCAGCCGCAGCGCGGCCUGCUUGCCACAGUCGUGAUCUGGGUUGUCUCCUUUUACUUCGCGGUGAGGCGCGACAGGCCGACGCUUCACCCGGGGGCUCGCGGGCUUCUCCGGGGCCUCGCAGGGGCUAGGCGGCGAAGGGAGGAGACAGACGGAAGGCGCGCGCAGCAAGCCGAUGGGGACGAAACCGCGUUGAGGGAUUCUUCGGGUGCCCUCACGCGUGCGCCAGCAGGUGCGGCAGGCGAGGCGGGCCUUGCCGCGCCGUCGCCAGGGGCUGGCGUGUCUUCGGGCCGGUUCGUGGAGCAUCUGCUUUUCUCCCUGGAGGAAGCCGAAGACGUUCUCCUUUCGUCGACGCUCCUGCUGAUUCUCUCCGCGCAGCGGCGCAAGCGGCUGCUGCGCGUUCUCGCCGCCCUGCGAGAGGCCCCGGCCUCGCAGGCGGGCUCCUCGGGAGCGGGCGCGGAUGUAGACGCGGCCGGGGUUGGUGCGCCAGCCGGAGCCUCCCCAGAGCCUUCGGCUGCGGGCGGAGGGAGCCCGUUGGGCUCUAGCGGCGACACCGCAGAGGGCGAGGCCGAGGGGAAGCGGACGACCUUGGAGAAGUGGAGCUUCGCAGAGGCGCCUGCCCCCUGCGAGCCGCGCGGCUCGCUGGUGCUCGAGGAGAUGGAGUUGCAGUUUCUUGACCAGGCUGUCGGCCUCAUUCUUCCGUUCCUCCUCACUGUUGCGCAGCAAGGAUGCAAGGACGAUGUCGAGGCGCGGGAGCGCGGACGAAGGCGCCAGGCACGCACACUUGGCGACGUGGCCGCGCGGCCUCUGUCGGUGCCUGAGGGAGGGUUUGCCGGUCCGGUGCUUCGUCUCCUCGCGAUUCAAGCGGUUAUGAACUACGCCGACAGGCCGCUGGGCGUCAUUCGCAAAAUGCAGAAAGAGGUAGUCGCCGGAAUCUCGCCGGCGCUGGAUGACCCUGUGCGCCUCGUAAGACGAGCUGCCGCCGUUUGCAAAAACCGCUGGACUGUGCGGGAGUGA